AUGGACAACAAAUUGAAACAAAUCACAAUUAUGGAGGCGAUGGGAAGAAUGAAACUCAACCAAGCGGAGACUGACUUGCCACAAAUGGGAGAGCCCCAUUCCGUGAAACAGCUCGUUACGCUUCAUUGGACGCUCACCGAAACGUGGAACAGAGUCGUCACGAUGAUUUUGGAGGGAUGGCUGUACAUGGUGAUUGAGUUUACGAGCGGAAUGCUACCCUGGGGAAAAUUUAAGCAACGAGCACAACAAGAUGAUAGAGAUGAAAGCAUACUCGAGAAUCCUCAAAUAAAUCGACUCGCUCACCUACGUGGACAUUCCCGACUACGACUACGUGUGGAAAUGCUGGAAAUGGUGGAAAUGGAAAUGCUUGACUUGGCCAAAGAGGAUAACGGCGUGAUGUACAUUGAUCCGCUCGACUGGGACUUGACGCAUUGCUACACGGGACCCAAAUAUAAGAUAACGGCG